AUGCAGUCGGAGCGUAAGCGCGGGGUCACCAUAAGCCCAAAGAACCCCAGAGUCCUCAACUACAACAUCGCGUACUUCUUAAUGGACCUUCUCCAUUUCAUCGUCUUCAACCCCAGAGACCUCCUCUUUAUAGCCAACCACUUGGUGACGCUCUUCAUCUUCCUCACGAGUUGGUACCUGGUCUCUCAUGGUGCCUACGCCAUACUGGUGCUCCUCAUCCUUGCCGAGAUCACCAGCGCGUGCCAGAACACUUGGACGCUCGCGAUUGCUCGGAAGAACGACGCCGUAUUUGCUGUGAAACUAUACGAUCUCCUGUCUGCCCCCUUUUACACAGUGCAUUCGAUUGUCAGGGGUCUCGUGGUACCGUAUUUUGUGUACAAAAUGUUUGCGUUCUAUGCGAGUGGGGCAGCUAAGAGUGUGAUCCCAAAGCGAGUGCAGGUUUCUUGGAUUGUUGUAAUUCUUAUUGAUAUUUCUGUUAGUAUAUUGUGGGUUUCGAAUCUUUGGGCCGAGUUUUACAGGGAAAGAAUGGGAAAACUAGACAAGAAAAUUAGAUAGAUAGAUGUAUAUAUAGCAGUAGGAGCAAUGCUAUGUCGCCCAAGGCAGUGAAGAAGACAAACACUGUUCUUGCCUUGCUCAGUGAU